CAUCAUCUAUUGCCUGGAUUUUUGCCUACAAUUGCUCCUGCUGCGUUCGCUUAAUCAACAUCAUCUAUUGCCUGGAUUGCCUGGAUUUUUGCCUACAAUUGCUCCUGCUGCGUUCGCUUUAUCAAGAUGCCUUUUCAUCUGAUCAAAUUUCAAAUGAACGGAGACAUUGCGGUUGUCCCAAGUGGAUGGUAUGAUGAUGGGAUGGUUUUCUGGCCCAGCUAUAAAAACACAGACAGAGUGAAAAGGGCCGCUUUAAAUGAGGAGCAGCAUGCGCCAAACUGGCCAAGAUAUGACGUUUCUGUUGUCCGAACUUGUGACCACUACAAAGAUGCAUUGAAAAUAAUGCAACGAUAUCGAAACGGCUGCAACACCUCAGACCUGCAGUAUGAGGCAGAGAAUGAGGUUGAGCUGCCAGAAAAAAAGAACAGGAAGCCAGUCAAUCGCCUCGGGGACUCGAAUGAUAGCGAGGAAGACCCGGGACAUGGUGACCUCGCAUCUCUGGGGUUGGCAAGCCAAUUGCACUGGCAGAGUCCACCAUCUCGCCGAGUACCAGCAAGAGUCAUUAGUACUCGUCAACUCAACUCCUCAACUGGAGAUAACUUUCCAGCACCUCACCAUGGGGAAGGACGUAUUCAUAUGCCUUCACCAGCACCUGCAUUAAACAUGCAGAGAGUUACACAAGGUAAGGCAGUCCCUCCUCGACUCCCUCCACCCCCCGCACCAGCCCUCAACAGGCCAACACGGCGAGGGGAAAGAAUGGCUGACAACGUUUCCUGCUCUGCGACUGAGGUCCAGAUCCUUAGCCUGCUGGAAACGAUUAAACACACCCAAGACCAGCUGGUGGCGAAGGUCAACUUCUUAACCAGCAGGUUGACCAGUACCCCGGGGCCAGAAGUUGAAAUGCCUGCCAAUAUCCGGUUUCCACUGGAACAGUUGGAGGCAGUGGAGACAUUUGAGACAUUUUUGAAGGAACCAUCAAAUGGCCCAGCUCGACAAAGAGUGAUUUCUUCUUUGGCCACCAUUGGAGGCCAGGAUGUGAAGCGGGUGACCUGGAACAUCCUGGGCAGGAUCUUCACAGAUGAAGUUUCACAUCAGAUAAGUUGGAAGGGUGUCAACAACAAAAAGGCCUUUAGCAGGAUGGCAACAAAGACCUUGCUUUUCAGUACUGUGAGAAAAAAUGUGGUGACAAGGUCAGCCACGGACGCUGAGGUCACCAAACACGCUAUCAGGUGGUUCAACCUGGCGGCGGAUCGGGCAGCGAGGAGACGAGUAGUGCUGGAGUUAAAUAAAGGAAAAGUGUCUCAAGACUUAACUGGGUUUCUGGAGCCAAUAGAAGACGAUUCAGAGAAAGGCACACCUGUGGACUGCACCUCUGCAGAUGAGGAGACGCUCUCAAUGGACUCUAGAAGGCUUGCGGACCAAGAGACUGCACAGUCGCCAACAGAUGCUAACAUUAUUGAGCUGGCACAACUCCAAAUCCAGACAGAGAAACGCAGUCUGGAAUCGAUUGAGCUGGAUAUUGAAAUAAAAAAGAGGAAGUUGAGAAAACUUGACCGGGAAAUGCUGAAAUUGGAACAUGAGGCGAGUAAAUCACAUUAGGGCCUUUUCCACCAAAAGUUCAGUUGAGGUAAUGUAUACAAAUCAGGCUGGUGACCUAUAAAGCAGCAGUACAGUAUGCUUAAAUAAACAGACAAUAUUAAGU